AUGUCUCUCCGCACUGUGAAGUAUGACUAUGGCGUUCACCCCGGAAAGGGCUCAUGGACCAUCAGUGAGAACCCAGGACAAGACCCGGACGGGUGGUGGACGUUCUGGCAUCUCGAGAGGGCUCCGAGUUCGAAGCAGCCCAUUCCGUACCCGAUGGAGCCGGUCAUGGAAUGGAUGAGAAAGACGGAGGUCCAAACACUUCCGAACCGCCGAAGGAUCGAGAUGCUCCAGCCCGACUGGCAGUGGGGCAAGCGCCGACUCGUCAUGCUCUCCAUCCACAACCUGCACCACCAGAUGCGCCUGAACCCGCAGACGCUGCAGCUGGCGUGCGCGCUGAUCGACCGCCUCCUAUCCCUCAAACGCACCAGCCCCGAGGACUUUCCCGUGCUCGCCGUCGCCGCGCUCUUCGCCGCGGCCAACCGCCUCGAGGAGGUGGACAGCCCGGCGCGGUUCUGUGAGUUUUGUCCGAACUUCAAGCCGGAAGAGGUGGAGCGCUGGCGGUUCAGACUCGUGGAGGCGCUCGGCGAUACGCUCUCUGUCCGGUGCCCCGAUGACUGGCUGCAGUAUUACCAGGAACGCGGCGGUAAGUGGACCGAGAAGGAAAUCGCCAUCUCGAGGUUCCUGGUGAAGAUGGCCUAUCUGUACGAAGACUUCAUCGGUGUCCUCCCGUCGACGAUGUUCUGGGCCACGCGGUAUGUCGCCGCCUGCAUCUUGUCGCCCGAUCGAGUAUUGCAUUCGCUCCCGAAAGAACAUCCUGUCACCGUGGCUGCACUUCGUCUGGAUGCGUUGCUGGCUAGGGACGUCAAGAUCGAUGGGCUGUCGCUGGCGGAUGAGAAGUACUCGCCGGCGUCUGUGCAAGUGUUCGAGUUGGUUACGGGCUACUACGAGUCGGGUAAGCGACUGAGCUUGUUACGGUUCCCUGGGGAGUGA